CUUUCUCUGUUUCACAGUCAUGGCGAGUCGGCGAAUCUUAUCAUCGCUUCUCCGUUCUUCUUCCGGUAGAUCUACUUCUAAAUCCUCCUUGAUCGGGAGCCGAAAUCCGAGACUUCCAUCACCAGGUCCCGCUCAUCGAGCCGCUCCAUGUGGGACUCUCCUUGGCCGAGUCGCUGAGUAUUCGACUUCUUCUCCGGCUAAUUCAGCUGCGCCAUCGUCUGCUCCUGCUAAGGAUGAGGGGAAGAAGACUUAUGAUUACGGUGGAAAAGGCGCGAUCGGGCGUGUUUGUCAGGUUAUUGGUGCCAUUGUUGAUGUUAGAUUCGAAGAUCAGGAGGGAUUGCCUCCGAUCAUGACAUCUCUCGAGGUCCAGGAUCAUCCCACAAGGCUUGUACUUGAGGUGUCUCAUCACUUGGGUCAAAAUGUCGUUAGGACCAUUGCUAUGGAUGGUACUGAGGGUCUCGUCCGUGGAAGGAAAGUUCUCAAUACCGGCGCUCCAAUCACUGUUCCUGUUGGAAGGGCCACCCUUGGACGUAUCAUGAAUGUUCUUGGCGAACCCAUUGACGAGAGAGGCGAAAUUAAGACCGAGCAUUACUUACCCAUUCACAGAGACGCUCCAGCUUUGGUUGAUUUGGCCACCGGUCAAGAGAUUCUUGCUACUGGUAUUAAGGUUGUUGAUCUCCUUGCUCCUUACCAAAGAGGAGGAAAGAUUGGGCUUUUUGGCGGUGCUGGCGUUGGGAAAACAGUGCUCAUUAUGGAACUAAUCAACAAUGUUGCCAAAGCUCAUGGUGGUUUCUCCGUGUUUGCUGGCGUGGGAGAACGAACCCGUGAAGGCAAUGACUUGUACAGAGAAAUGAUUGAGAGUGGUGUCAUCAAGCUAGGCGAGAAACAGUCUGAGAGCAAAUGUGCCCUAGUGUAUGGACAAAUGAAUGAGCCCCCGGGUGCUCGUGCCCGUGUUGGACUGACUGGUUUGACUGUUGCUGAGUAUUUCCGUGAUGCUGAAGAUCCUGCUCCUGCCACAACUUUUGCUCACUUGGACGCCACAACUGUGCUUUCAAGACAGAUUUCUGAGCUUGGUAUCUAUCCUGCUGUGGAUCCUUUGGAUUCGACGUCCCGUAUGCUCUCGCCCCACAUUCUUGUUCCUGAAAGCUUUCAAUGCUCCCUUAACAUGUCUGUGGAUUUGAAGUUGAGCUACAACUGGCUUUCAGGUUUGUUGGAUGGCAAGUAUGAUGAUCUUUCCGAACAAUCGUUUUACAUGGUUGGAGGUAUCGAUGAGGUGGUUGCAAAGGCAGAGAAGAUCGCUAAAGAGUCAGCAGCUUAGAAGCUGGAUACAUCUCUUUCAUAUGCUUAAUACUUGUCUGUUUCUUGUGACAAUAACGAAAAAAAAAACCACUGCCUGUGAGUUACCCCCACCAAGCGGAAUUUGAGUUCCGUAUUUAUAGUUUCUUUCGGUUCGGAUUCCUUGAGAGCUACGAGAUGAUGCUGAACAUAUCCUUCAUUCCCUUGUACUCAGAUUUUUGGUUCAUUUACUUCCUUGACUUGUUGAAAUAAAGGUUAAGCAAGUCU